AUGUCAUCAAUUCUCCGCCAGAUAGUCGCAGGUCCAAGACAACAACACCCAGAAGCAGGACUAGAUCUCUGCUACGUGACAGACAAUGUCAUCGCAACCUCCGGUCCAUCAGCAACAUACCCACAGCGCGCCUAUCGCAACCCACUAGACGCACUCGUCAACUUCCUCGACACCAAACAUGGCGCGAACUGGUGCAUCUGGGAAUUUCGCGCUGAAGGCACAGGAUAUCCAGACUCAGAAGUCUACGGACGCAUCCACCACUUCCCCUGGCCCGACCACCACCCCCCGCCAUUCGCACAUAUCCCCAACAUCAUGGGCAGCAUGCGGAACUGGCUAAAUCGUCUAGACGAAAAAGAAUCACCCGACAAGGAUACCGAUAAAAAGGAACGCGUCGCCGUCGUCCACUGCAAAGCAGGCAAAGGGCGUAGCGGGACAAUCGCGUGCGCAUACCUGAUCAGUCAGGAGGGGUGGAAGAAAGAAGAUGCGCUACAGCGGUUUACGGACCGGCGCAUGCGAGUCGGCUUCGGGGACGGCGUUAGCAUCCCCAGCCAACUGCGAUAUGUCGGAUAUAUAGAUAAAUGGGCGAAUGAGAUGGGGAAAAAAUAUGUCGAGCGACCGGUGGAGAUUCUAGAGGUUCAUAUCUGGGGAUUGAGGGAUGGAGUUAAGGUUGCGGUCGAGGGCUAUGUGGACGAAGGGAAGAAAAUCAAGUGUUUCCAUCUGUUCCAUCGGGAUGAGCGUACCAUCGUUGAAGACGGGGGCUUAACGUCUGAGGAACAAGAGACUGGCAAGGGGAGCGACAUCGCCAAGCCGAAUCCCAACUCCAACCCCGACAUCAAAAACCCACUCCCUUCGUCUGCGACCUGGUCUCCGGCGGUAUCGGGAUCUGACGUUUCCGCCUCAUCGUCCGCGCCAGGCCACAGUGUCUCGGCAAUGAUCUUCAACCCCAAGAAACCAAUCAUUGUCCCCAGCUCGGAUGUGAACAUUGACUUUGAGCGCCGCAGCAAAGCAUCCUACACAGGUUUUGCCAUGGUAACAUCCAUCGCGCAUGUAUGGUUCAAUCCCUACUUUGAAGGCGGAGCCGAGCACGACUCGGGCGUCUUCGAGACCGAAUGGGACGCGAUGGAUGGGAUCAAGGGAAGUGCGCGGAAGGGGAUACGGGCGCUAGACAAGCUGAAGGUUGUAUGGCGAUAUCCUACGACGGAGAACGUGGAAGCGAGUGCAGCUAGCAAGAGCGAAGGGAAAGAGAAGGAGAGCUUGGAUAGCGCGCCGGCAGCGGGGAGACCGAUCAGUGAGCCCCAGCCCGGUGAUUCCAUCCAUGAAAGCGAACCGCCUGACUGGCGAGGACUGCCACAGGGAGAUAAGAAGGAGAACCAGCGCCCUUCUGAGAGUUCGUCACACAAAAGUACUGCUGCGAGUAUCUCAGACAAGACUAAGGAGCUGGGACAUGCCGUAGAGAGGGAACUUGGACUACGGAAGCACACGGGUGAUAGUCGGGGUGUUAGUCUUGCUGGGAGUGAUGAGGAGACGACCACUACCGAUGAUGACGGCCGGGAGACCAAAGUUCAGAAGGUGCAUAGUGAAGGGCUCGAGGGGGUGAAGACGAAUUAUAAGCAGACUGGGAGUGCAGAGUAA